AUGAGCGGGCUGAGAGUACGACGAAUCAGAAACGUCACCGGAGGAAGAGCUGCAGAGCAAUGUCUCUGUGGCAACUCAACUCUCUCGGGCCUUGCUGAAGAUGACAAAGCUGUUAUUAGGCUCAAGGCUACGGAUCUGACACUUGGCCUUCCUGGAUCACGAUCUCCUGUUAGAGACAUGGAUCUCCACUUACUGAGCUCUGCAAAGCUCGAUGAGAGGCCCUUCUUGCCUUUGGUUCCUUUGAAAGAUGAGAUUAGCCCCUCUUCGUCUCUGAAGAACAUUGCCUCGGGGAACAAAAGUUCAGUUUAUACUGAGAAAAACUGGACGUUUCCUGAAGGGGUAGCUAGCCAAUAUGUAAUGAAGAAGGAUGUGCCACGGAACGUCCCCAAGGGACAUGGGAGCACUACAAACAAUAGCUCUAGCCCACCUGCAGCCAAGUAA